AUGCUGGGCUUAAAGCCUGGUGAAUCUUCUGAUGUUGGUGCUCUGGUUCAGGGCCAAAGCUCUCAAUAUCAGCAGUUUUAUCCUGGGCCAAGUUUUUGCGAUUUACUGGUGAGCUCUUAUCGGGGAUCACUCCCAACAAAUCGUAGUCAUCAUCCCAAUCAUUCGAUAAGUGCUUCAAUUAGCUUACCUACAAUUGCUCAUACUCCACAAGCUUCAAUCACUGGAGAUUCAGAUUUGCUGUCUUCUGCAUUACCUAGUCCUCAGGAUACAACUGGAAGACAACUUCCAGAUUAUUCCUAUUACGAUAGAGGUCAAACAAAUUUGGAACUUCAAACUUUUCGAUUUCCUCAAGAAUCUGAACAAUCUCAAGACUAUACCUUCCCCAAUCAAGGGUAUAGUUUAGAGAGCAGGAGAUCUCUACCGAAGAAUGUGUUUAAUGAGUCACCAGAUUUACCAUCAACUUCUUCUCCUUCGCGUCUGAUCCAUCAUGUUAAAAGCUUAUCUUCCACUACAACUUUUAAUCCUGAUUAUCAGACUCAACCCCAAGAAGAAGAAUUAAUCUAUGAUGUGCAAAAAAUCAUUUCAUUAUCAAACAAUAUUAAUCAUAACAUAAGUGAUAUUUAUAAUGGAUACGCCAAUUUAAUUGCUGAAUCCAAACCAAGAUAUUCUCCUAGUGUCGAUACCUUAGAAGGCCAUGCUGUUGAUGCCCAAGGUAUAGAGAAACAGAUCAAGAGAGAAGCUUUUAAGAACUUUAUGGGUUCAAUUAAAGCUUAUACUCUUGAUUCACUUCUCUUUGAUUUAGAAGCAGAUAUGAAGGCCGUACAACGGUUAAAGGAUUAUAAAGCAUCUUUGACAAAAGAACAAGCUUCGUCUUCAAGCGAGUUUAAGCAAAUGAAAAAAGAAACUAAGGCUCCGGUAUCCAAGCCAAAGCAGGACUUACCCAAAAGAUCUAAGCAGACUGACACUUCUCCCAAAAGGCGUAAAAGUGAACUCUAUAUCGGUGGUGAUGUUCUACAUUUGAACAUCAACAAGCCUGUCUUGGAAACAAACGCUCACAUGUCCCCAAUCCAAAAAAGCUUUUUGAAUAAAGAAUUUUUAAUCAAAAAGGACAUUCAAUGCGAACAGUGUGGCUCUAAAGAAACUCCUGAAUGGAGAAAAGGUCCUCCUAGUUGCAAAACCUUGUGCAAUGCCUGUGGCAUUUACUUUGCUAAAUUGACGAAGAAGUACGACGCCGAAGAGGCUGAAAAAAUCAUGUCUGAUAAGAAGGCUGCUGGAACCCCCCACGAGAGAAAAGUAGCCUGA